GCGGCAUCCCUGGCUGGCCGCUCAGCUGCGCCGCCUGUGCAGCCCUGAUUUUUACACAACAUAAACAUUUGAUUCUGGAGGCACACUUUCCGGGAGAAUAACAGGUCGUUGGAUACGGGAGAUGAUCGGAUAACGGGCGCAUUUGGAGCAGCCAACGUCGGAAUCGCCGCCAUGAAGAUCCUUUCCCGUCUGGGCCGCCUGAUGCGGUACACGGUGGCCUAUGCGGCCAUCACACACUGCACGUUCGAGUACAUCGGCGAUUUCGUCCUGUGUAAAGGACCCUCCAUGGAACCCACUCUCCACUCGGACAACGUCCUGAUCACCGAGCGCUUGUCAAAGCACUGGCGAAGUUACCAGCCCGGCGACAUAGUCAUCGCCAUAUCGCCCAUAAAUGCCGACCAGUUCAUCUGUAAGCGUAUCGUGGCCGUUUCCGGUGCUCAGGUGCUCACCCAGAAGCCCAUUCCCUUGGAGGCGGAGUAUAGCGGUAGUUCGGAUAACAAGAAGAAGCCCGUGAUGGUCAAGGAGUAUGUGCCGCGCGGAUACGUUUGGAUCGAGGGCGACAACAAGGGCAACAGCUCGGACUCCCGCUACUACGGACCUAUUCCCGUGGGCCUCAUCCGGAGCCGCGUGCUCUGUCGCAUCUGGCCGAUAUCCGAGGCCAUGACGAGUCUUUGAUUGAUUUGAUCCAGUUGAAUGGCCUAUGUUUUGUUUGGAAAUUCUAGUAGAUCAAAUAACAUUUUUUAGAACCAUUUCGUAUGCGCGUUUCGUCUCAUUGAAAAUAAACUAAGAAAACAGUUGAUAAACUGCCAAAAACA